AUGCGCAAGGCGACCUUCUUGGACCUCUGCGCCCGGCUGUCCCCGGCCUUGCAGCGCCAGAAGACCCGGAUGCGGGUCCCGCUGAGUGUGGAGAAGCGGGUGGCCAUCGCCAUCUGGAAGCUGGCCACCUCCGUCUGUUACCGCGACGUAGGCAACCAGUUCGGCGUAGGCAGGUCCACCGCCGGCUCGGUGGUGCUGGAGGUCUGCCGGGCCAUUCAGAGGGUGUUGAUGCGUUCCACGGUAAACGUGGGGAACAGUUUGGCGGACACCAUCGGGGGCUUUGAGGCCAGGGGGUUCGCCAACUGUAUGGGCGUGGUGGGCACCACGCACAUGCCCAUCUUGUGUCCUCCUCACCAGGCGUCGGAGUACGUCAACACCAAGGGCUACUACUCCAUGGCCUUGCAAGCUUUGGUGGACCAUCAAGGGAAGUUCACCCAUCUGAGCGCGGGGUGGCCUGGCAAGACUCACGAAGCCAAGAUCUUCAACAAGUCCACCUUGUUCACCAAAGGGCAGGAAGGGACCCUCUUCCCUCCCGCUCCCGUGGAGAUCAACGGCGUAUCGGUCCCUCGCGUCAUCCUUGGAGGGCCGGCCUACCCUCUCCUUCCAUGGUUGAUGGUGCCCUACACCGAAGAUCUGGAUGAGGUCAAGGAGUCCUUCAACGCCACGCUGAGCCGAUGCCAGGAGCCCUUGGAAGAAGCCUUCAGCCGUCUGAAGGGCCGGUGGCGCUGCCUGACCGGGCGCAACGACUGCGCGGUGGAGAAUCUUCCCCGCCUCAUCUCGGCCUGUUGCGUCCUGCACAACAUCUGUGAGGAGAAAGGGGAGGCCUACGAGGAGAAGUGGGAAGCUGAGGCCAAGCAUCUGGCCGCCACGUUCGAACAGCCCCUGCAACGCCCCGAUACGCGCAUUAAACCCGCCGCUCGGUCCGAAAAGGUCCGGGAUGCUCUCUGCGCGUACAUCGCCAGCAAGAUAUGA